ACAGAAAUAAUUUACAAGCGCUUUCAAUUUCAUUGCAUUGGAGAAAGAGAGAGAGAGAGAAAUGGCCUCAGAGGACUCACCCAACUCACCUCCAAAUUGCUUAUCCUUUGCAAUAAGAGAAACAACUCAUCACAAAAAGAUGGCCUCAUUAGACCCUUCAAACUCACCUCCAAACCACUCUUUUGCAAUAAGAGAAAGUACAGCUCAAUGCUUCUUGAGAAGCAUCUCCACUAAAGAAACUUCCUUUGCUGGCUUCCGUUGCUCCCCACCUCGUUACAGCACUCCUACACACCACACUUCUCCUCUAUCCUCACCUCUCCGCACUUUCAACCCCAAUCCUUCUAACCACACCAUCAGCCUUGACGCUUCCUAUAAAUGCCUCUCUUCAGUCCUUAAAAAAGAUGGUCAGAUUUUAUCCAUAGCCAUCUCAAAUGGGAUCAUUUACACUGGCUCUGAUACGAACUUCAUACGUAUAUGGAAGUUGCCUGAGUUUGCCGAGUGCGGAGUACUAAAGACUAAAGCAUGCACGGUUGUUGCAAUCGCUGUGUCCCAUGAAAGACUUUUUGCAGCCUACGGUGAUACCAAGAUUCGGGUGUGGCAAAGAACCUGGGAUGGGACGUUGAAGCAUGUCAAGUUGGCAACGAUCCCGAGGACCGGAGGCUAUGUCCGGAACUAUAUUUCCGGAAAAGAUAAGAUGGUAAUGUGCUAGUUAUGACUUAAUUUGUUGUAUGCAUUGAUGGUCUUAUUUGUUUUAGCAAUUAUAAUUAGUAUUGUUGUGGGGGUAACUUUGCUUGAUGAAAUAUGGCCGAAAAUGAAGGAAAUGGCAAUCAUAGCGGUUGGUGGGAGAGGAAAACAGAGAGUCCCCUGUAGAUUCAAUUAAUCUCAACUACUAUCUAACUAAGUUAA